CAGCCCAUCCUCAUCCGCCUUGCGUGGCACGACUCGGGCACCUACAGCGUGGAGGCAGCCCAGGAGCUGCCCUGGCCGCGCGCCGGCGGCGCCACCGCCAGCAUCCGCUUCAAGCCGGCAAGUCUUUUCAGACGGGGCACCCUCCACGGCGCCAACAACGGUCUCACCAUCGCCAUGAACCUCAUCAAGCCCAUCCAGAAGAAGUUCCCGGAUCUGGGCUGGGCAGACCUGAUCCAGCUGGCCAGCGUGGUGGCGGUGGAGGCCGCGGGCGGGCCCUUCAUCCCGCUGAGGCUGGGCCGCAAGGAUGCAGAGAGCGAGGAGCACUGCACGCCCGACGGCCGGCUGCCCGCGGCCGCUGCGCCUUUCCCUGACGAGGCGCCCACUCCCGCGCAGCACCUGCGCAACGUGUUCCACCGCAUGGGCCUCACGGACAAGGACAUUGUGGCGCUGAGCGGGGCCCACACGCUGGGGCGCGCCCGCCCCGAGCGCAGCGGCUUUGGCAAGGAGUCCACCAAGUACACCAAGGAGGGGCCGGGGGCGCCGGGGGGCUCCUCCUGGACCGUCCAGUGGCUGCAGUUUGACAACUCGUACUUCAAGGACAUCAAGGAGCAGAUCGACGAGGAGCUGCUGGUGCUGCCCACCGACGCGUGCCUGUUUGAGGACGAGGGGUUCAAGCCCUUUGCCGAGAAGUACCUCGAAGACCAGGACGCAUUCUUUUCGGACUAUGUGGAGUCUCACCUGAAGCUGUCGGAGCUGGGGGUGGAGUGGGACGGAGAGCCGGUGACGCUGCCCAAGGCGUGA